UCUCUCCCUCCGCACGUCUCGCUCUCUCCCUCUCUCUCUCUUCCCGACCGAUUUGUAGUCAAAGCUUAUUUUCUUAUAUUUUUGUUUUUGCCCCUUUUCUUCGUCUCCUCAUCUUCUCUCUCCCUCUCUCGCGUUGCGCCGAGGCCUUCGAAUGAGGCCCGCGGACUGGUAGAUGAGCGGCCGGAGGACGCCGUCCGACCUAUGGACAAAGUUCCGAUCAACUCUGGGCCGCCGCCCGCGGCGGGGUCUGCGCACUUCUUCGCUGACAACCUCAAGGGCUUCCUGCUCGCCGUCGCCUCCAGCGCCUUCAUCGGCGCUAGCUUCAUCAUCAAGAAGAAGGGCCUCAAGCGCGCCGGCGCCUCCGGCUCCCGCGCCGGCAUAGGCGGGUACGGAUACUUACUGGAGCCUCUCUGGUGGAUCGGAAUGGUCACAAUGAUUAUCGGUGAGAUUGCAAAUUUUGUGGCCUACAUCUUUGCCCCAGCUGUUAUGGUGACGCCUCUGGGUGCUUUGAGCAUCAUCGUUAGUGCCGUUUUGGCCCAUUUCAUCCUAAAGGAGAAAUUGCAGAGAAUGGGUGUUUUGGGCUGUGUGCUUUGCAUUGUGGGUUCAACAGUCAUCGUGCUCCAUGCCCCAGAGGAGAGGACGCCGAGCUCUGUUGAGCAGAUCUGGGAUUUAGCGACGCAGCCAGCCUUUCUUUUGUAUACGGCAUCGGCAGUUGCAGUAUCUCUGGUGCUUAUGUUGCAUUGUUCUCCACGUUAUGGGCAGACAAACAUAAUGGUGUACUUGGGCAUAUGCUCUGCAAUUGGAUCUUUGACGGUCAUGAGUAUCAAGGCCAUAGGAAUUGCAAUCAAGCUUACAUUGGAAGGCGUCAACCAAGCUGGUUACUUCCAAACAUGGGUAUUUGCAAUGGUGGCAAUCUCCUGCAUCAUAAUUCAGUUGAAUUACUUAAACAAGGCAUUAGAUACUUUCAAUACUGCAGUUGUUUCUCCUGUCUACUAUGCCAUGUUCACAAUUCUUACAAUAUUAGCAAGUGCCAUUAUGUUCAAGGAUUGGUCUGGCCAGAGUGCAAGUAAUAUUGCAUCAGAGAUUUGUGGGCUCAUUACAGUAAUUUCCGGGACCACAGUGUUACAUUCUACAAGAGAAUCAGAUCAAACAUCCUCUUCAGAUUUGUAUACACCACUCUCUCCUAAAAUAUUUUGGCACAUCCAAGGAAAUGGUGAGCUGGGAAAGCUGAAGGAUGAUGAUUUGUUGUCUGGGGAAUUUGUUGCUGUAGUGCGCCAAGAUCAUUUCACAUAGAGAGUAUUUCCUUCAAUUACGUGAUGCCAGAAAACACGACUUAAUUAAAAGAUGGCUGAAGAUGGAAUAGAGUUUUGUAGAUUAUACAGUAGCCCAGAUUGCUAAUGUCCUCUGAUUACUGCUUGCCAUUUCAUGCAGUCAUCUGGAUGAUGCUUCCAUGCUCCAUUGUUCUAGUUCUACGUUCUAUUAUUUUUGUUCGAGUCUCAUGUUGCCGAUAAGUAGAAGCCAUGUAAGUCCUGGUUUUUUCAUUUAGUUGCUAAUGACUGGGGGUUAUAUAGAUUGUGGACUUUAACCCUGGUUUUACUGUAAGAAAGGUGAAUUGUGAGGAGCCCUUUUGGUGUAAUUUAAUGUACAGUUCAUGUUUCUUUACUUCAAUGCUUAACGGAGUUUUUUAAA